GUAAAGGAGUUACGUGAAUGUAUUCAAACCGUGUUAUUUUGAUUUGUGUCGUUUUUGAUAAAUAACGGCAACGGUAUGGAUAUCUCAAGUUGAACAGCUUUUAUUGUUAAGCAGGGUAUCGCUGCAAAUCAAGCAAAAUAUCCACCAGAAACAACGAAAUGUACUCUUAAAAUACCAGCACCUAGUGAAGAUCUUAAUGCUGAACUUGGUUCUCAACUGAAUGACUUGCUUUUGAGUUCGAUGAUUGAAGCCGAAAUAUCUACAACUGAGAAGAUUCAAACUGAUUCUAGCAAUCUCAGUGAUCAUAGAGGAUACGACUUGGUUUUAUAUGAUAAACAUUGUAAUACUACCAAUCACCAGCCUCAAGAUGCAGUAAUGCCUUUACCUCAAGAAAACUUCACGAUGGAGACCGUAACUCAAGAAUCUCUACGCCAAUUAUGUGAUGUUUAAUCGUAUUCAAUGGCGAAUAUAAC